CGAUAUGGGUCCACUUUGGGGGAAAAUUCACUGAUAUUUUCACUAACAAACUCAUAUAAACUGAGAGAAAUAUAUUUUUGAAAAUGCAUUUGACAUGCAAAGAAUUAAUUCAUAAUUGUUCACACUCUGAUUUCCUUCCGUUUUCCUCAAAAAUAGUUUUCGUUAUUAAAAUUUGAUCUAAAGUACAGUCGGCACCAUUCAAAUUCUAAACCAUUAUCAAUUAGUGUUGAAGUGAAAACAUGUGACGCUCUUAAUAAUGGCAAAUACGUGUUUUAUUUUCAUGAAAUUAAAAAACAUUUUUUUAUUGAAUUUUUCAUUUCACAACAUAUGUACAUAUAUGACAUAAUAGGUGAUUGGUGCAUUUGUAGAAAAAUAUUAUAUAUUCUUAAAGCUAUUUCUACAUAAUAGCUUUAAAAAAAAUUAACUAUAUAUGGAAUAUAAAUACUCUUGUUUGAAAAAAAAAUUUCUGACAGGAAGUCCUGAGCCAUAACACCAUAUCGGAAAUCAAUAUUUUAGAGUCGAGCGACCAAUUUAGAGUUAUUGUGAUUUCGAGGUUUUUCUGAUUAUUCCAAAAUAUCAACAGAUCUUUAUGCUGCUUAGCUGAUGAAAUGUCUCACCAAUUUGUCUUCCAACUGCUGCUUCUUUGUCUGAUUCUAUUUGGACACUACUGCUCACAGGCUGACGACUGUGAUUGGUCUACAUGGACAGAUUUGGACAGUGAUAACAUGCAACACCGUGUGAAGGAUUGCGGCAACGGUAGUCUCCAAAUAGAAACUCGACAUUGCAAUCACAGAUUCUAUGAUAUACCUAAUGAGCAUGAAAGACAAAACAAACUACCAAUUGUAAUAUAUAGAUGUCCGAAGACUGCAGCCACCCCCGGUCUCUACCAUUCAUAUGAACCAACAAUUGAUUUAGCGUCAGAGGUUCCAAUCGAAACUAGGGAGACACCAGAAAUUCCCAUUGUAAUCAGUGACACAGAAAUUUCAACUCGGGACAGAAAUCCAAAACUUAACCAAACAAAACUGAUUGAAAUGUUAAAAAACAUCAUCAUUGGAGCCCUUUCAUUAGCCCUUAUUGGGGUAUCCACGAUGUUGUGUAUUCAAUGUAAGAAAAGAACAUCGGUAAUUAAACGGGACUCUUGUUCCUAUGAUGCACUGAGUGAGAUGGAGUUUCGUUCCCGACAACGUAGUGAACGUACUAGAAGUACAACAUCUUCUGGGUAUGCAAUACCGAAAAUACGGUCGAUUAUCUCAUCUGGAGAUUCGACAUACGAUAGGUUGAACGAAUGCAACUACAUGAACACAUCAUUUAUGACAGAAAGUCAGUCUCCUUCGUUCAUCGAUGACGAACAGUUGGAUGAAAACUCUGCAGUGAUGCAAAGUGCAAAAAUGCAAGUAAUUUUCGAGAAAAUGGCAAAUGGCCACCAAGAAAACACUGGAUCCAUGGAUUCCACUUCUACGUCACAUUCUUACAUUGAUGUGGUCGAGGGAGGAGGGAGAAGUUUACUCUCUGAUAGUCUGACGUCGUCGGGAUAUACAAAACCAAACCAAGAUAUCAGGAAACAGUUGAAUGAAGUUUUGAAGAAGAUACCAAAAAGUAGGAGAAAAGUUUCCCGCUAAGAGCUUAUGUGUUAGCUAUUUUUUAUCUGGAAUUUCCCAGUGUGGUCAUAGUUGUAGAAGUUUGAUUAAACGAAGAGGAAAACACAUCCGAAGUUAUCAACACACCAUCCUUCAUGGUUUUCUGAAACUGAACCCCCCCCCCCCCCCCACAUUUUUC